CUUCGGCCGACCAGCUCAAACCCAAAUCUUCCUCGCACUUCCGACUUCCCCUUACCUGGGCCGGCGGCGAGGUACAAACCGACCGACGCCCUCUUCCUCCGGCGGGCCCCGGGCGCGCCGCCCUUGUCUGUCCCGCUGUGCACGUGCGCCCCCCACGGGACUUUGAUUGACGCCCCCUGCCUUGAUCCGUGCGAGGAAGCCUUCUCCUGUGUUCGUCCCCCCCUUCCCCUAUACUGCGCUUGCGGGGGGUCGAGAUCCAACCAGGCAUGGACUGAUUCCUUCCUCUGUCGAUGGAGCGAGUAAUAAACUGGUCGCCGUAUUCACCAAGUGAUAUCACUUGCAAAGCCAAAUGCUUCUGCUACCUCGAGUAAUGUAUCUUGAUGUUCAUGCAGGAGAUAGCGAAGACUUGGAUAUUUUGCAUACGCACAGGAUCUUCUGUAAGUUCUUACAUCUUCUGAAUUCUUGAUCCAACAUUGGACUAUACUGGCGAAUUUAAACCUUGCAUUCCUCUUCUUUCUUGUUUUAACUUUUCUUUCCCCCAUUGUGCAAUAGUUUUCUUUGAUGAAUUCAGGGAAGGGUGAUGCACAUUUCCUGGAGCCAUCUCUUGUUUAUUUUCAGAGCUACCAUGCUUAGUGGUUAGUAAGAAUUACGACUUAUAGGGUAGAACUUGUGUUCUUUGAUGGGGUUUGUGCGUGUGAGUAAAUAUGCACUUAUACAGAUUAGUCACACACUCAAAAGGGAAAAAGGAAAGAUUUGCUUCAUACUGAACUAAAAAGGCAUGAUAUUGUGAUACUGAGAAUGAUUUCCCAACAGCAUUAGUAAAACUGUGUUUUCCCUUGAUGUUGAACUUCUACCUCCAUGGUGCCAUAGUGGCCAUCAGUUUGGUGCUCUGUCCAAAUCAUUUUGUCCCUACCAUCUAGUUGUGGUGAUGGUUCAGGCAUUCCUAUUACCCCCUCCCUAAUUGUCAGACCACAUGAUUUUUUUUAUAGAUCCAGAAUAUUUCUGGCAUUUAUUAAUAAGUAGAAGAGAUGAUUAUAGGCGCCAGAGGUUCCCAUAGUUUUCCCUGCUCAGGCGCAUGGUGUGAACAGGCGGAGCAUCAUACGAGCUCCCACCAAAGAAUAGAAAUAAACAUACUACUCCCUUAAGUUGGAAACAACUAGAGGCUCAAGGAGUCAAGGUGCUUUGCCCAUCAAAAUCCCACAAUCUUGCUUCAUCCUGAAUUUUAGAUAUCAUCCACGCCGUUAUCUUUCUUGUCUUUUGGAAACACAAGUUUUUCUUUUCUUCCAAAGGCUUGAAAUGACUAUGAUACUGAUUGAGCGAAUUCCUUUUGCGUACGUAUACAAGGAAUCCCCAGCAACCCCUGCUAUGUUAGUUGUUGGUGGCUAGGAAGGAUGGAUCAAGGCACUGUCAAGGAACUAUUUCUUUUUCUUGUGGUUGUAUCCUGGGCCUGUGUAGUGAACCAUAACUUCUGGUGAACCUUACGUUUCAUGUCAUGGAAUGUGAAUACUAUUCUUACCAGGACUAUUUAUAAACCACAACCAUUGUUCGAUGCAUUGUGAAGUGUCAUUCUAUGCUGUCAUCUUUCUGCAAUUACUGAGUAUAUUACUGUGAAAAUAAAGAAUUGAAUAUAGGAGUACUUUGAACAUAGUAUUUUUUUUGACACUUUAAUUGGUGAUAGGCAUGUCUCAGUGCAUCUUUUGUUUUUUGUUGCCAGAAGCCUGCAUCCUGGAGGUGUCGAGGAUAUUCCAUUUCCUUUCAGUUCUUGGAUUGGAAUGGACAAUGAAUUUCCUGAUGAAGUUCUCAAGUCUGUUUUCCCAUUAUUGGAUGGGAAAGAUCUAGUAUUUUGCAUGCUUGUGUGCCGUCAGUGGCGCGAAAUUGCGAAGGAUGAUUAUUUCUGGAAAUGCAUUUGCUCACGGAAGUGGCCGUCCAUUUGCAAACAGCCUCCUUCUGACGCAAACUAUCAGAGGCUUUAUUUAACCUUCUCCCAGCCACAGAAGAUGCAUAACCUUCCUGUACCAAAGCUCACAUUUGGGGAUCUUGUUUUUUAUAUGGAUAUGUGGCUUGAAGGAUCCCUCAUCUUUUCUCAAGCAAUUUCAGGUUGCACCUUUCGAGCAGGCCUACAGUGCGCACCUCGUGGCAUUCCAGAUAUACUUGCAGCACAUUUGAAGUCUGUAGACUGCAUCCUGAUGUUGGAAGUUGAACCCAAGCUAUCAAUCCCUAUGGGGCCAGCCAUCACUGUAUCUGUUCUUGCCCACCGCAAGGAUUCCAAUAAGAUGGCUUGCAUCAUUAACAAGUCGACCUUCGAUUACAUCGACAGUAAUGCUGCUCGUGCACUGGCUUAUGAAUAUCUCAGGUUUUCACCCAGACACCCGUUCAUAUCAGACAUCCGGGCAUGGAUGUCCUUGCUUUUCUUGUACAAAGGAGCAAACUUCAUUGAGGUAUUUGGUAUUGAGCUAGAUUUCUGCGACGCGGCAAGGUCAGAAACUGAAAUCCUAUGGCUUUUGGAUAUGCUUGAUUGGAAAUAGAAGGGCUUUGUUUUUCUCCCCUUGUGACUCGCACAUGUAAAGAAUGUUCAUGAUUAGUUGAUCUUUUCCUGUUGGGAGCAUGUAUACUACUGAACUAUAAUCUUCUGUGAAAUUGGAAUAAACGGCACCACAGCUACUCCUUGUGGUAGCAGGGCACUGUUGUUUCUUA